AAAAUAUAGUCUCAGUAACUCAGAGGCUAUUAGAGCUUUGCAGCAAGGCGGUUAUCUAAAAAUUAAUCCAAAGGGAAAAUCUCCAUGAUCUUCAAUUACACUUUUUCAAUUCCCUUUAGACUUUUUGCCGCGCCGAUUAGCAUCAAAACAGUCAGCCUCAUUAUUAGUGGGGCCUUUGCACCAAAAACCAGGAAACCUUACGACAGUCGGGAUACUGAAAUAGUAUUCCUAGAAUAAUCAACUCCGAACUGGCCGCGCAAUGUCGUUGCGUAGUCUUUUCAUAUGCGCCGUUACAGAUAUAUUCCUCCGCGUUGAUAGCCUGAAGGCUUGAGGAAUGUCGUUGCUACGCUGUGGCCAGUUUCGAGUACUGCACUGCCCACUCGGCACUCCAGCCUUAGCACGGCUGAACGCAACCCCUGGCGCUUUCCAGUCGAGGACAGAUCCGCGACUUUCAUACAGGCAAAGUUGGUCGCGUGUGAUCAGAACAGCAACUGCCACCCCUCUACAUAAACACAAUCCUUUACUAUCAUCGACACACAUUCGCUCACCAAACUCUCAUUCGAUAAUUGAUAACAGACCGACAUACCAAGCCGUAAUGGCGACAGAACAAACACAGAAGCGCGGGCACGUGGGCCACCACCACCAUCAUCACGACAAUACCUACCUCGUCUCGUCGAAUAAGAACGAUGCUGGAGUACGGAUCACAAGGAUUGGAUUAUGGUCGAACUUGGGCAUGGCCAUUGGCAAGGGCAUCGGUGGAUACCUCUUCAAUUCGCAAGCAAUGGUUGCAGAUGCAUGGCAUUCUGUGACAGAUCUGGGCAGUGAUAUUCUCACUUUGGCAACCGUAUCAUGGAGUCUGAAGCCACCGACCACACUGUUCCCAACUGGAUUUGGCAAAGUUGAGAGCUUGGGAAGCUUGGGUGUUAGUGGAAUGCUACUCGGUGGCGGCUUGUUCAUGUGCUAUAGCAGCUCACUGAUCCUGUACGCCCAUUUUAUGUCUGAUCCACAUGCGGCAGCGGAGCUACUCGCCCAUGCGCAUUCACACGGACAUAGCCAUGGUGGCCAUGGCCAUGGCCAUGAUGCUAUUACACCCAGUUUGCACGCGGCGUGGCUGGCUGCUGGAACCAUUGCGAUCAAGGAGUGGUUGUAUCAAGCUACCAUGAAAGUAGCACGCGAACGCAAAUCCUCCGUCCUGGCUUCGAAUGCUGUCCACCACCGCGUGGACUCUCUUACUGGUAUCGUCACACUCUUCGCCAUCCUCGGCGCCAACUUCCUCAACAACGCGGCCUGGUUAGAUCCCGUCGGUGGCCUUCUCAUCUCGUUCCUCAUCAUCCAUGCCGGCUUUGGGAACUUUGUUUCUGCACUAUACGAACUCGCCGAUAAGGGUAUUGAUGAGGAAAUCCAGGCAUCAGUAAGGAAAGCUGCACUCAAGAGUAUUGCCGCAUUUCCAGACGGACUCGAGAUUGAGCUCCGUGAUGUUCAGGGUGUCAAGUCCGGCCAGAACUUCCUCGUAGACCUAGAGCUCGCAGUGCCAAACGACUGGACAGUGCAGCAAACAAGGACAAUUGAAGACGCAAUCCGCACGACGGUGGGCUCCAAGGUCCGUGGCGUCCGAAGAUUGAAGAUGCGCUUCAUUUCAAAUGAAGCCGAUAAGACAACCCUGUUCGAUGAAUUCAUCCCGGGAGAUGUCAGCCCAAGAGAGUCGCCGGAGCCAGAAAACCAUAACCACGAUGACGACAAGAAGUCGCAGUAGGUCGAGGGAAUACCAGUACCUGUAGUUGCAUGGCGUUUCGGGUGCAAGUCUGUUUUCACUUCACACAAAGGGUAGUGCAUGAGGUUGGAUGAUGAAAUCUGCAGCAGAUUAUCUCGUGAUAAAGUCAUGGUAUAUCUCAGACAGCAAUUUUCAGAUAAACAAAAUAUAAAUAACCAAUUUUAUCAAGGAUUAAGAAUGUUCCCUCGUUUUGUGUGAUUCUACAAGUGGUGGUUCACGUGG